AUGCUUCAAGAACACUUCACGCUCAACACCGGUGCAAAGAUUCCCGCCGUGGGCUUUGGCACCUGGCAAGCCGCUCCCAACGAGGUCGAACGCGCUGUCGAGGAGGCUUUGAAGCAAGGAUACCGCCACAUCGACUGUGCUGCAAUCUACCGAAACGAGAACGAAGUCGGAGCUGGUAUCAAGAAGUCGGGAGUCAAGCGUGAAGACAUCUUCAUCACUGGAAAACUAUGGAACACAAAGCACAGACCCGGAGACAUCGAGGCUGCCCUCGACAAGUCCCUCAAGGAUCUCGACACCGGUUACCUUGACCUCUACCUUAUGCAUUGGCCGUGUGCAUUUGCUCCCGGCGACAAGUUCUUCCCUCUAGACGAUCAAGGCGUUUUCAAGCUUGACAACAUCGACCCAGCAGAUACCUACAAAGGCAUGGAGAAGCUUCUCAAGACCGGCAAGGUCAAGGCCAUUGGAGUGUCAAAUUUCACCAUCGAGAAACUCCAAGACCUCUUGAGCAAGACAUCGGUGGUCCCUGCUACCAACCAGAUCGAAGCACACCCCUACCUUCAGCAACCCGACCUUCUCAAGUUCUGCCAAGACAAAGGCAUUCUCGUCGAAGCCUACUCGCCUCUCGGAAACAACCAGACCGGGGAGCCACGCACAGUCGACGACGCCAAAGUACAUGAGGUCGGAAAAGAGCUUGAUAUGGACCCUGGAGUUGUGCUUGGAAGCUGGGGCGUACAAAGAGGCACAGUUGUUCUGCCAAAGAGUGUCACCCCUCACAGAAUUGCUUCAAACCUAAAGGUCAAGGAGCUGCCCACCGGAGCUUUCGACAAGCUCAACGCGCUGGAGAGACACAAGCGUUUCAACUUCCCAGCCCGAUGGGGAUACGAUAUCUUCGGUGAGAAGGGCGAUGAGGCAGUGAAGAAGAUCGCACAAGAAGCUGGGGAGGAGAACAAGACAAAGUUUGUGGUGUAG